UUCAGUAAAUCGAAUAAGCAUAAAAAGAAAAAAACUGAAAAAAAAUUAAAUUUAAAUAACAUGUCGCGUUUAUCGAACUCCCAAAAUACGAAUACGAUUGCAUACGAAAUACGCAGUGAAGGAAACAUAGUGAAACAACGAUCAAUUUUAAAAAUAACGCCUCCCAAUUCCGACCCAGGUCAGGUAAAACGCCACAGUAAGGGUGCGUCACCGCGCAACUCUGAUGGAAAAGUUUUUACCAGUACAUCAUCUGACCAUUCUGAAGGGUCACUACAGAGGCGAGCACACUUUGAUCAGAUAAAUAUUGAAAAUACUUAUAAACCCAGGUAUAAAGAUUAUGGAUAUAUUAAGAUAACCCAAGCAGCAACCCCAUUCCCACAUCGAACAUUGGGCUUAGAUUCAGCUUUAUAUAAACCCACUAAGAACAAACGUCUUACUGAAGCAAUGAGAAAAAGCCUUGAAACAAAAUUACCACGUGCAUUUACCUCUAUGCGCCUCUCGAGUCCUUUGGAAAUGGAUUUCGAAACCAAACGUAAGAGAUUCAAUGAAGGUGAGUUUACAAUCACCCGACAACGAAGGUCAAUGGUGGUCCACCCGCCAUUGCAAAGUAUCGGUGAUUUGGUACAUCUUCGUUUCCCGCAGUCGUCCCACAAUUUAACAAGAUUCUUUCGUAAAUAUAAUCAGCGGAACAGCACUAAAAUUGGCGAAAAAAAUAUUGUGCACAGAUCCAAAUAAAAAAAUGUACAAAUAUGUUGGUGCCAUCAGCGUGAAAUUAUAUGUAAUCUUUUGUAAAGAGGCCCAUACACCAUAUCAGUAAGCUGGGGCCAUGAAGUGAUUAUGCCAACCGAUUGACAUGUCGCUGGUGCAAUAUCGAAUUUCUCGAAUUAUGUGAAUCGAUGCCAUGAUUGUGGAAAAUUAAAAGUUCCGAAUUCUAUUGUAUUUUUAUUUAAACGAUCUUCUCCGCGCACUUCUUGUAAGAAAUAAAUGUUGUACAAGUCUGCUAGUGCGGGAUGUGGAUCGAUCUUAAUGGUGUCGUGUAUGGGUCCCUUUAUCU